CUCGAAAAUAAUCCUAUUGUUUGCUAUAGGAAACCAUGGUAUUGGAUUGUCGCUUUGCCCGAACUGUGGAUUUUGUGUGAGGGAAAUUAUAUUAAGGUUGUACUACGAGAAAACAAGAAUUGACAUUUUUUCGUCUUCUGCUUGUUGUUUUCAUAUGGGGCGGAUCAAAUGGCCAUAUCCAUUUUCAACUUAGCGCACGGACAUUUCAAAUUGACCGAGGAGAAACGUAGCAGUAGUGCUUUGAUCAAAGCGUUGACGUGUGAAAAAGGAAGACAUACAACCGUGACGGACAGGCAGGAAACGACGGAUGGUAGGGGUUGAGCCUUACUGCGUACUUCCUCUUGGUAAGCUGCUGUUGAAUUUCCGGAAACAUCCACCGAAGGUCUCACACAGACCAGAGAGAUAAUCCCGGCAUAUAUAAAGGACCGUCACUGGGAGGAAGAGGGAAAUUAUUUGAGUGGUUUUCUGACUUACCAACAAAAGGGAGAGGUGUCAUCAUGGAGUCCGAGUCAAAAGACGAUCGAGACAACAAGCAACGGACAUUGACUUCAAAUCUUACUACGAGCGAAAGUUUUGAUUCCCAUGACAACGACAUUGAGCAGGUUGGCACUGCUUCAUUGUACACCUAUAUCCUUGUCACUUGUAUUUGUGUAGGCGGCUUCCUCUUUGGCUAUGAUACCGGCGUUAUUUCUGGCGCACUCCAGCCACUGCAGAAUGAUUUCCAUAUGGACGAUGUCGAUAAGGAGUUGGUUGUCGGAGGAACGACCUUUGGUGCUAUUUUUGGCGGCUUCUUCACUGGUCUGUUAUCCGACCGAUUUGGAAGAAAGCCAUUGAUCAUGAUUUCUUGUCUUGUCUUUAUAGCCGGUGCCUUACUGCUCGCUUUGCCCCGGUCGUAUGGCGUUUUGCUUUUCGGUCGUUUGGUUGUAGGUGUCGGCGUCGGCAUGUCAUCCAUGUUGGUCCCUGUAUAUAUCAGCGAGGUAUCGCCAAGGCAAAUCCGUGGUCGCCUAACCACCUUGAAUACAUUGGUCGUGACUUUUGGGCAGGUAAUUGCCUACGUGAUCAAUAUUGCUUUUGCCAAUGUGCAUGAUGGAUGGCGCUACAUGUUUGGUUUGGCUGGUAUUCCAGCACUUAUCCAGCUUGUCGUCAUGCCAUUCCUUCCCGAAUCCCCUCGUCGAUUAGUCGCUGUUGGUAAAGCCGAUCAGGCAAAAGCUUCGCUUCGUCGUAUCUAUGGUAAUUCAGUUUCAGACAGCUUCCUGGAUCGUGAAAUCAGCUCAAUCGCAGACGAAGUUGCAAUAUCCCGCUCGUCCACAUACAAGGAUUUCAAAAAGCGCGAAAACUAUCACCCAUUGAUCAUUGCAUGCAUCCUUCAAGCAGCACAACAGUUAUCGGGCUUCAACACAGCCAUGUAUUAUGCAGCAACUAUUCUACGCAUGGCUGGCUUCCGUGACCACCAAAACUCGACAACAGUAGCCAUCAUUGUAUCAGCAACCAACAUGGUGUUUACUGCAGUCGCCAUCACCAUGAUUGACAAAGUCGGACGUCGUCGCCUGCUCGUGGUGACCAUGCUGAUUAUGAUAGCCGGUCUAAUCGCACUGGGUGCUACGUUUGCAGCACAGCAAGGAUUCAUCACUAAGCAGGAUUUGUGCUCGGGCUACACAACGCAUUGUGCCCGUUGCAUCAAUGAUGACAGGUGUGGGUGGUCCAUUUCUCAGGAUCAGUGCAUGCCGUUGGAUGUUUUGGGAACAACCGACUUGUAUCAGAGCUCAACGGGCUGUCCUCCAAAGAGCAACGAUACGGCUAUCACAGGUGUCUUACUCGCAUUCUUGAUUGUUUACGUCGCCGGCUAUGCAUUGGGCCUUGGCUAUGCGCCUUGGGUGAUGCAAAGUGAAAUCUUCCCUAUUGCUUUGCGUGGCAAGGGUACCGGUGUUGCGACGGGUGUCAACUGGAUCUGCAACCUCGUCAUCUCCAUCACAUAUCUUUCAAUGAUUAACGCCAUGACAGCGGCAGGCACAUUCUGGUUUUAUGCUGGUAUUUCAUUGAUAUUCUGGGUCCUUGUUUUCUUCUUUGUGCCAGAGACUGCUGGACGCUCACUUGAAGAAAUGAACGUUAUAUUUCAGAAAAAAUAGUUAGUAUAUUUUAUUUCAUUAUACAUAUCUUCGUUCCUAUUUUUAUUUUCUAUCGUAUUUAAUAUCUUGUGACAAUAAUACUUCUGUAAUAAUACUAUGUCCUUCUACUCUCUAACUUAAUACAUUUUCUGUAAUACAUUUAUUUGCUUAUUGAAUAAAUAAAAAAGCACAACACGAACGCGU